AUGUCUUUAACAAGCUCAAUACCGCGGGUGCUCUUCCGUACUAGGCCGUCAAUACAGCGGCAAACCCACCGCCGAACCCGCCUGUUCUCCGCCCUUGCCGCCUCACCGUCGUCAAAAACCCAAGUCUACAUCUCAACAUCGCGCUCCCCUUACACGAACCUCUCGAUCGAGCACCACCUCCUCCAGACGACACCCUCCGGCUCUACCGUCUUGUUACUCUACACAAACCGACCCAGCAUCAUCGUCGGCCGCAACCAGAACCCGUGGCUCGAGGUCAACCUCCCCAAGCUCCAAUCCCUGGGUCCCAACAGCGGCGGCAAGGACGUCAUCGACCUAGUCCGCCGCCGCAGCGGAGGCGGCACCGUCUUCCACGAUGAGGGCAACGUGAACUACUCCGUCAUCUGCCCGCCCGCGAACUUUGACCGCGACACGCACGCCGAGAUGGUCGUCCGCGCCCUGCCUAGGAGCGGACAUCGGGAAGAAUACACACAUAUUACUAACCUCAGGCUUAUAGGGAGAAAAUUCAAACGAUAA